AUGGCCUUACAGGAAGGAGGGACAGAUAUUCAGGAUACACUGGACCUUGAAGAUGAGUUGAGACUACUACAGAUAGACGAAGAUGCGAUCCUCGAAGCCAGCCUCAAUGAGUACCAGCAAUAUCUCAACCAGCUUGACGCUGCCCGCGCUCACCUGGAUGAACUCCUUACAUCCACAACCGCAACCCUAGACCAACUAGCAGAUAUAUCGAAUGCCUUCAAAACGGUUGACCAGCAAACAGCUGUCUUCCAGAAACAGUCUGCAAGUAUAUUGGAGGAACAGCGGCGCACUGAAAAGCUGGCAACAGAUUUAGCUGAGAACCUCAAAUACUAUGAGCCGCUGGAAAGAAUUACCAGGCGAAUGAAUGCUCCUGGCGCUGGGAAUUUUGUCAGAACUCAGGAUUUUCGGGAUAUGCUGCUUACGCUGGAUGAAUGCAUUGACUAUAUGCAAACGCAUCAAAAACAAAAGGAAGCCGAAACAUAUAGGUCAAAAUACAAACAGUUACUUACACGAGCCAUGACAUUGGUGAGAAACACUUUCAUGGCAGGAGCAAAAAAUGUUACGGACGAGGUUGCUAAAAGGAUCAACGACAAACAAAACCAUGUCAACGAUACUCUUCUGUCUUCUCUGCUAUACGCGAAGUUCAGAGUCGAUGCUCCUCUCAUGAAGGACUUGGGACUCGAGAUCCAGAAGCGUGCCGUACCACCAGCCGAUGCUGAGGUUGGCACAGAGGGUGAAUACCAAAGUCUUAUGAAUGAACUGCAUCAAGCCUUCGCUGCAUGUCGUACGCGCCUUGUCCUGCCCAUCGUUCAGCAGAAGAUUACUGAGAUCGCCACGAUACCAACCUCGAAAGACCUGGUUGCUUUUGCUAAAUCUAGUAUCACAUACGUGCGAGGUGUCUGCCUGGACGAGUUCGAGUUAUGGGAGGAAUGGUUUCAUGGUCAACGAGGUGUCUAUGAUUUCCUUGAGGCACUUUGUGAACCGCUGUUUGAUCAGCUGCGACCCAGGAUCAUCCACGAAACCAAACUAUCUAAAUUAUGUUCGCUAGUGACGUUGAUACAGACAAGAUACAUCGAUAAUGACGAUGAAGACGAGCCUCCUGACCCUAGGCAGCUGGACUUCGCAAGUCUUGUUCAACCAGCCCUGGAGGAUGCUCAAACACGACUGGUUUUCAGAACAUUAGCACUUCUCAGAGAUGAGAUAGAGUACUACAAGCCCACGUCAGAAGAUCUUGAUUAUCCCAGGCGUGUAUCGGAGCCACCAACACCAAAGUCAGCAGCCCCGCUCUCAGGUCGGAAGACUUCAAAUAUAGCGGCUGCAGAAGAAGACGAUUCAGGAGACGAGAACACGCCAACGAUGUGGUCACGCAACCCUAUCCGUCUGCUCUCUAGAAUAUAUCGUCUGGUCAAUUCCUCUGUCUUCGACGACCUCGCUCACCAAAUCGUGCACUCAACCACACAGUCAUUGGUCAAUGCAUCGAAACAGAUAGAGAGCAAAUCAUCUCUCGCUGAUGCUCAACUCUUCCUGCUGCGUCACCUCCUUCUGUUGAAGUCCCAGAUAGUGGCGUUCGAUAUUGAGUACGUUGCACCAGAUGUCCAAUUCGACUUCUCAGGCAUGACAAGCACAUUCUACGAGAUCAGAGAUCGUGGCGGGCUCUUUAACCCACGCUCCUGGAUGCGCUUGUUCAGUACUGGUGGUCUCUUGCCACGAGUAGUCGAAAAUAUGCUCGAUGCUAAAGUCGAGCUCGAUGGGCAGUUGCGACUAGUUAUCAACGACUUUACAGCCAAUUUCACCAACGCCAUGACAUCAGACCUGAAGUCCAACCGCAAAGCCGAAGAAACUACAGCUGCUGUACGUGAGAAAAUUCAAAAGGAAGUGCCAAUCCUUCGAGCAAAAUUAGUACAUUACCUCGACGAUCUACGCACGAGAGAAACGCUGGUCGCAGCAGUCGAAGACCAGGUCGUACAAACAUAUGAAGCCUAUUUCGAAGAAUAUGCUGGUAAAGCUCAGGGCCAAAGUGGGAAGGGAAAACCUAACGGCGUUGUGCCUGGGAAAGCGAAGAUAUCUAGGAAGGGCAAGGGAGCAGCCGAUGAUGUUUGGGACGCAGAUACAUUUGCGGAUUGGAGUGAAAGCGUAUUUAAUGUUUUGCUUCCGCAGCAGCACGAGGAAGACGCCAGUCCUGAUACCAGGAGUUUGUCGAGAAGUGGGAGCUCGUGA